AUGGUUAAUCUUGAACAUAGUAAUACAUAUUUUGAUAUAUUUAUUUCAAUAACAUUCUGGGUAACAUUUUUAAUUAGUAGUGCUUACUUUUUAUCUGGAUUAUCAGCAAGUUUUUCAAUUAAAAAAACCAAAUUUUCACCUUUUUUUCCAGUUAUAACCACAAUAUAUGGUUUUGCCAUUGGAUUAUUUUAUGGUGUAAUAUCAUCAAUUAUAUUAACUGCAGUAUGUGUUAGUGCUAAUCUAACCCUAAAAUGGUAUCAAAGUUUUUUAUGUAGUCUAGUUUUAACAAUUGUUCAUAUAAUUCUAUCUUUUUUUCAAAAUAUAUUACAAAUUUAA